AUGUUCAAAUACCUAAAGCAGCUAUGGCGGCAGGGCCAAGCGGCGGGCGCGGCCCUUGACAAGCGUCGGCUGCAGCAGCAUGCUGACACGCACCGCCUGCUGCUGCUCGCAUGGCUGCGGGAGCAGGGAGGAUCAGCGUCGGAAGCAGCAGCAUCGAGGUUCGCCCAGGAGGUAGCGGCACUGCCACUGGAGGAGAGCAGACGUGAGCUUGCAGGGAUGAUGCGGGCCCAGAUGCGACAAACGCUGCAGGCCAUGCAGGCUGUCUUUGAGCCCGCCUCUGCGUGUGGCAGUGGCAGUGGUAGUGCCAGCGGGACGGGCCAGGAGUCAGGCCAGGAGCCGUUUGUCAGUGAGCUCAGCUUUGCACUGGGACAGACUCUCGAAGGCAGGAAACGGCCCAGCAACACAGCUCAUCCGUCACACCUCUCCCCUUCAGAAGCCUCUUCCGCCUUUUACCGUUCCACUGGUUUCUCCCUCUCCCUCCGCCCCUCCUCUGUUCCUCACCCCACCUCUGGCCUCGGUCUCUUCCUCCACGGCUCCGCCUCUCCUGGUACCAUUGUUGCGCAAUAUCCUGGGGUGAUUUACCCUCGGGUUAUGCACCGGUACCUGCCAGGUUUCCCCCUCGUGGACAGCAAUAACCCGUACCUGCUCGCACGGUUCGAUGGGGUGAUUGUAGAUGCGAGGCCGUGGGGGGUUGGAGGGGCAGGCAGGGAAAUGUGGAGCGGGAUAGACGAGGAGAAUCUUGCGUGGUUGAGGGAGAGGGAGCGGUGGGAGAGAGAGGAGGGUUUGCAGAGGAUUGAUGACCCGUGGUUAAAGGGAAGGGGAGCGAGGGAUGAGGAGCGGGCAUUGGCAGAUGCAGUGAGUGGUUCCACCACAGGUCCCAGUGCAAGCAGUACAAGUAGCAGUGUUGUCGGCGAUUGCGACGACGCCAGCAGCGGCAGCAACGGCAGCAGCGGCAGCAACAGCAGCAGCAGCAGCAGCACUAGCAUGUUUUCAUUCAAUAGGGCACUGGAAGCGGCACUAGCCCGCGUGCUGGUGGGAGGCGACAGCUGGCGCAACAACGCGGCUCUUCUCACUGCAGCCAUCGCUGCCACUCAAGUGGAGAUCGAGAGGAGGAACCCUCUUGCUCUGGCUCACUUUGCAAACCACCCGGGAGGUUCCGGGCAAUCGCCCAAUGUGGCGAUUUGCCCUCUGGACAUUCCAUUGGAGGAUACAGAGUGGAACAAUCUCCGGCCGUACAUGCCUAAUUCUGUGUUCCGCUUAAUGGAAAAGAGAUCGGAGGGAAUGAGGAGAGGGCGGAGGUCUGCAGGCAGGAGGGGGUCAGAACGUGACUCUGUUGAGACGAGUAUGGAAGUGGAUGGUGAUGAUGAAGACGAGGAGAUGAAAGGGGGGGUGCUGAGGACUGUGGUGCUGGUGGCGACAGAUGUGAUCAAGGAUGAGGAGGAGGUGUUUCUUGACUAUAGAUUGAACCCCAAUGCCAAUCGCCCUGACUGGUAUGUUCCAGUGGAUGCCAAGGCAGAGGAGAGGCGCUGGUCAUAG